AAAUCAAAAUGUGGCCAAAAGUGCAUUACAUUUUGAUGCUAAUGUUAGCAGUUUCAACAAAUAACGUAGGAAACUCAUUGAAGAUACUCGGACUUUUUCCACACCCGACAAUGAGCCAUUUCAAUUUUUUCCACCCAAUAUUGCGGGGACUAGCUGAUGCAGGCCAUGAUGUUACUGUUGUUAGUCAUUUCCCAGACAAAAAUGCACCAAAGAACUAUAUAGAUAUGCCAUUGAAAACAACGAAAUUGCUCGUCAAUUCCAUUAACUUAGAGAUUUCUCAAAUCGUCCUUGGUACAAGAAUUUCCAGGAUUUUUUUUGGGUGCAUCAAUGGGGGGGGCAUUGAUACAUGCGAGCUCGCCCUAAAUUCAACCGUUAUAAAAAACAUUUUAAAAUCGAUUAAUAAAGAAAAUCGGUAUGAUGUUAUAUUGACGGAAGUAUUCAAUAGCGAUUGUAUGAUGGCUGUAGCAUGGAAACUAAAAGCACCGGUCAUCGGAUUGAGUAGCUGUGUGAUGAUGCCAUGGCAUUACGAUCGUCUUGGAAAUCCAUUUAUUCCAUCAUACAUGCCUGGGCUCUUUGUUGGCUCCUCGGAAAAUAUGAACUUUUUGGAGCGAUUAAAUAACUGGUUCACUGUCAAUGCUAUGAAACUCAUAUAUAAGUACAAAAUGAUGAGUGAUACUGAUAAAAUAAUUCAAAGGCAUUUCAAGAAUGAAGAAAUUCCACCAACUGGAGAACUCGUCAAAGAAACGAGCCUUAUGUUCGUUAACACCCAUUAUUCAUUCAGCGGAUCAAGGCCAAAUGCCCCAACUGUUGUGGAGCUAGGUGGAGUUCAUAUAAAAGAAGAGACACAUUUGGAUCCAGAAAUAAAAGCGUUACUGGACUCGGCAGCUGAUGGUGUAAUUUAUGUGAGCUGGGGUUCCAUGAUAAGGGCUGAAACGUUACCGCACGAAAAACGAAAUGAGCUUCUGAAGGCAUUUGGCGCUUUCGAACAGAAGAUUUUAUGGAAAUGGGAAAAUGAAACGAUUCCCGAUCAGCCCAAGAAUGUACAUAUCCUAAAAUGGAUGCCGCAAAGAGAGAUUUUAUGUCAUCCCAACGUUCGUGUUUUUGUGAGUCAUGGUGGUCUGAUGGGAAGCAGUGAAUCAGCCUAUUGUGGUGUUCCAAUGGUACUUACGCCAAUGUAUGGUGAUCAAUUUCAUAAUGCAGCUGCAGCUGUGUCACGUGGCAUGGGUUUCAUUGUAAAUUAUCCAGACAUUACUGAAGAAACUUUCAAAACAGCCAUAUCUAAUGCAUUAACAACGGAAGCAAAGCAAAAUGCAAAAAAAGUCUCAUAUUCGUAUCGAAAUCGUAUUAAGAAUCCAUUAGAAACGGCAGUUUGGUGGGUUGAAUAUGUGGCAGCCACGCGCGGAGCACCUUUGUUGAAAUCACAUUCUACACAUAUGUCAGCAAUCGCGUACUAUUCGUUUGACAUUUACAUCGUAAUUUUCAUCAUUUUAUUAGUGAUCACCUACAUACUACGAACCAUUUUCAAAAAGAUUUUCGUUAGAGUUACUAAGCCAAAAACUGAUUGAAAGCAACAAUUGAAAAAAUCGCAUUCAAAAUUUCUAACUAAGUUUCAAUUAUAUUCGCAAUCGAUUGUUGGAAUUUAAUUUCUGACAAACAUCCGAAUGAAAUGAAUUGUAUAAAAAUAAACGCAUUUGAAAUUUUUCAAAGA